GCCGCACUCUCGCAUUAAUUCUCCCUCUUUGUUUACAUCCAAUCAAGCCUGCAGGACAGAAAUGGACACUGCAAAUCAGUUUACAUCUGCGGGGAGCUUCCAGGUGCUGAAACUACCUUUGGGAUUUAUCCGCGUCCUGGAGUGGCUCUUUGCAAUAUUUGCCUUUGCGACAUGCGGGGGUUACUCCGGGCAACUGCGGGUUAGCGUGGACUGCAUGGAGAAGGCCAGCAGCAACCUCAGCAUCGCCAUUGACUUUGCUUAUCCUUUCAGGUUGCACCAGGUGUCAUUUGAGGUCCCCAUGUGUGAGGACAUGAGGAGGGAGCGCCUCUUUCUCAUCGGAGACUAUUCAUCCUCUGCUGAGUUCUUCGUCACGAUUGCGGUCUUCGCUUUCCUAUACUCCUUUGUUGCAACUGUGGUCUACAUCUUCUUUCAAAACAAGUACCACGAAAACAACCGGGGGCCUCUAAUCGAUUUCGUUACCACGGUUGUGUUCUCCUUCAUGUGGCUCGUCAGCUCCUCUGCUUGGGCCAAAGCUCUGUCUGAUGUCAAGGUAGCUACAGAUCCAGAUGAGGUUCAGCUCCUCUUCGCGGCCUGCAAAGUGCAGACCAAUAAAUGUGGCUCUGUGCAGGAACCACGCUGGUCUGGACUCAACACCUCAGUGGUGUUUGGGUUCCUAAAUUUUGUCCUGUGGGCGGGGAACAUUUGGUUUGUCUUCAAGGAGACUGGUUGGCACAAGAAUGCUGCCAGGUUUGUGGGAGGGGCUUCUGAGAAGCAGGCGGGCCCCUUCACCCAGGAAAGUUUGGAUCGGUCCGGGAGCUACAGCACCCAAGGAGACCAGGCUCUGCCGUCUGAGUACAGCCAGGUCGGAGGUCUUUCCUCUUACGCCAAUCAAAUGUAGUUUCUCGCUGCGUUCUGUAUCUCGAGUGGCAUUUCUGCAUUUUAACGUAGGAA